GCUCAGCCGGAGAGGAAGAGCUUCACGCGCAGAGAGGGAGCAAAGAAAACUAAAUAUAUAUAUAUAUAAAAACGACUUUAUUUCCAGCGUUAUGGCGCUACGAGACGAACUUUUAAAGUCUAUUUGGCACGCGUUUACAGCUCUGGACGUGGACAAAAGCGGAAAAGUUUCUAAAUCUCAGCUGAAGGUUCUGUCUCAUAACUUAUGUACAAUCUUGAGGAUCCCACAUGACCCGGUGGCUCUGGAAGAACACUUUAAAGAUGAUGACGAGGGUCCCGUCUCUAACCAGGGAUACAUGCCGUACCUCAACAAGUUCAUUCUGGAUAAGGUGACUGAUAACUUUGAUCGUCAGGAGUUGAAUAAAAUGUGCUGGACGCUGUGCUUCAGGAAGAACCUGCAGCAAAAUCAGCUGUUUAUCUCCAACGAUGACGCCUUCAAGAUAUGGUGCAUCUUCAACUUCCUGUCAGAGGACAGAUACCCCCUGAUCAUGGUCACUGAGGAGAUCGAGUACUUCUUGCAUAAGCUGACGGAAGCGAUGGGGGGAAGCUGGGUGGAGGAGCGAUUCGAGGACUACAGGCUGCAGCUGAACUCAAAGGAGCAGUGUCUGAGUGUCUGGGAGCUCAUCACUCUGGUGGGCUCAGGCCUUUUCAGUAAAGGCAUAGACAAGCAGACACUUUCUAUGGGCAUCACUGAGGUCUACCAGGAGCUCAUCCUGGAUGUACUAAAACAGGGCUAUAUGAUGAAGAAAGGUCAUAAGAGGAAGAACUGGACUGAACGCUGGUUUGUGCUGAAGCCCAGCUGCAUCUCCUACUACGUUGGUGAGGACCUCGCAGAGAAGAAAGGAGACAUCAUGUUAGAUGGAAGCUGUACUGUGGAGCCGUUACAAGACAAAGAGGGGAAAAAGUGUCUCUUCCUCAUCAAGUCAUCUCAAAAAAGUUUUGAAAUCAGUGCAUCAGAAAGGAAGAAGAAGCAAGAGUGGAUCCAGGCUAUUCAGACCACUGUGACCCUGCUGCGUCAGGGCCGGGUGGCGCCGCACCACGAUGCCCGACAGAAGCGCCGGGAGCUGCGGCUGAAGCAGCUGGCUGAGCAGGAGGAGCUGGAGCUGAGGAUGAGGGAGCUGCAGACGGCAAACGAGGCCAAACAGCUUGAACUGGAGAAUAUGAGGAAGGCUCUGGAGGAGGCCGCAGCCAACGCAGCAGAAGAAGAAAGAAAACGUCUUCAGACCCACACGGAGCUGCAGGAUCGCUACAGGAUCGACCUGGAGAGAGAAAAGCUGGUACGACAGCAGAUGGAGGAGCAGGUGGCCCAGAAGUCCACUGAGCUGGAGCAGUACCUGCAGAGGGUCCACGAGCUGGAGGACAUGUAUCAUCAGCUGGAGGACGCUCUGGAGGAGGAAAGGCGUGCCAGACAGGAUGAGGAAACCGUCCGUAAGCUGCAGGCUCGGUUGCUUGAAGAGGAGGCCAUGAAGCGAGCGGAGCUGGAGCAGAUCCACCUGCGACAGCAGCGGGCCAUUUCGGAAACCGAGGCAGAGAAGCAGGAGCUGGAGAAGGAGCGCCUGGCCAAGGAGAGCGCCCUGCAGGCUGCAAUGAAACAGCUGGACAUUCUGGAGCAGGAGAGACAAGGAGCACUCGAACAGUACCAGACGGUGAUGAAGAAGCUGGAAGAUGCAGCGAACAACACAAAGACAUGGAAGCACAAAGUGGCUCAUCAGGAGGGAUUAUUACGGCUCAUCCAGCCAGGUUCCAAGGGGCCGCAGAAGAUCACAAACUGGGGCCCGGCGGCGUUCACUGACGCCGAGCUCAGUCUGCGAGAGAAGAAAUGGCAGGAGACGAAGAACCAGGCGGCGCAUGCUCAGUAGAGCUGCUGUCAGGUCUUCAGCAUGCCACGAAAUCAAACCGGAGCAGACAGGCCUGACGGGAUGUCCUGCGUUUGGUCAUUUAACCCGCAACUGAAAGAAAACAUGGUGGUCGGAUAUAAAAACAAGUUUACUAAGAUAACAAAGUUUCAUGGGCCAUUAAUUAAAUGAUAACUUUAUUACCCGUCGUGAAUUUUAGGUCCACAAAGCAUCAGCUGUGCUAAAAUCACUUACUGUUAAUGUGAAGCAACUUU